AUGACGUACGUGCGAAAUUAUGGAACUUCGGAUUUAUUUAUUACGGUCACAUGCAAUCCGAAGUGGACGGAAAUUGAAAGCGAGUUGGAACCGGGUCAAAAACCGCAAGAUCGCCAUGACAUAAUCGCCAGAGUAUUUCAGCAAAAACUCAAGGUUAUGAUGGAUGUGCUUACUAAAAAUGAAGUGGAUGACAUCAUAUCAGCUGAAAUUCCUGAUCCAGUCACUGAUCCCCGUCUACACGACAUUGUGACGACACAGAUGGUGCAUGGACCGUGCGGUGCAUUAAAUCCAUUAUCGCCUUGCAUGGCUGAUGGAAAGAACGAUGGAUAUCCAGUUUAUCGUCGGCGUUCAAAAGAAGAUAACGGUCGAACUAUCAAAGUUAAAGUUCAAAAUCAAGAGAUUGAGAUCGGAAAUGAAUUCAUUGUACCAUAUUGCCCGCUGCUAUCACGAAUUUUCGAAACACAUGCAAACGUUGAGAGUUGUCAUUCGGCCAAAUCAAUCAAAUAUUUGUGCAAGUACGUCACAAAAGGCAGCGACAUGGCUGUGUUUGGUAUUGCGUCGGAAAAUGUGAAUGACGAAAUCAGCAACUUCCAAAUGGGCAGAUACGUCAGUACUAAUGAAGCACUGUGGCGAUUAUUGUCAUUUCAAAUUCAUGAAAGAUAUCCCACAGUUGUACAUUUAGCAGUGCAUUUGGAAAAUGGCCAAAGAGUUUACUUCACUGAGGCUAAUGCGGCACAACGAGCUGAGAGACCACCAUCGACAACAUUGACUAGCUUCUUUGCAAUGUGUGAAGCAGAUCCAUUCGCAGCGACGCUGAUGUACGUUGAAAUGCCCAAGUAUUACACUUGGAAUCAAUCAACAAAGAAAUUCCAACGUCGCAAACAAGGAACCCCAGUUCCAGACUGGCCACAGGUGUUUUCAACUGAUGCACUAGGUCGUAUGUACACUGUUCAUCCUAGAAACGAUGAAUGUUUUUAUUUGCGACUGCUGUUAGUAAAUGUACGUGGACCGAAAUCAUUUGCGCAUUUGAAAACUGUGAAUGGCCACCAAUGCCAAACAUAUCGAGAAGCAUGUCAACUAUUGGAUUCAGUUGUUUCAUCAAAUGCGUACCAAAUACGAACGCUGUUCGCAAUUAUCAUCACCACAUGUUUUCCUUCACAACCAAUUCAGUUAUGGAACAAAUACAAAGACGCCAUAUGUGAAGAUAUCUUGCAUCGCUUGCGUAUUCAAACGAAUAAUCCUGACAUCCAAAUAACCGAUGAAAUCUACAAUGAAGGAUUGAUUCUGAUUGAGGAUCAAUGCUUGACUAUUGCAAACAAGCUACUGAUUGAAGUAGGAAUGAUUGCGCCAAAUCGAUCGAUGCACGAUGCAUUCAACCAAGAAUUAAAUCGAGAGCUGCAAUACAAUGUUGAUACAUUGCAGGAAUUCGUUAGAAAUAAUGUUCCGUUGCUGAAUGAACAGCAAAAACAAGUAUACAAAACAUUAAUGCAAGCGGUGGACAAUAAUACUGGUGGUCUAUUCUUCCUGGAUGCACCUGGAGGAACAGGGAAAACAUUUGUCAUUUCAUUGAUUUUGGCCACUAUUCGAUCAAGAUGUGACAUAGCUUUAGCGUUAGCAUCAUCUGGAAUUGCGGCGACUCUUCUAGAUGGCGGUCGUACUGCACAUUCUGCGCUUAAGUUGCCACUCAAUUUAAACACAAUUGAUACUCCAACGUGCAAUAUUCCCGAUCCAGUGCAAUGGGAAAAUUGUUAA